AUGGAUGAGGUCCCGUCCGCUGCUGCCUCACCGGCACCCAGUCCUGCCAAGGGCAGAGGCUCGGGACGAGGCAGAGGACGCGGAAGGGGAGGUUAUGGCAGAGGCACUGGCCGCAAGACCAACACCGCCUCUACCGCGACUCACUUCAGCCGUGGCCGUGGCCGUGGCAGGGGUCGAGGCCGCAUCAAGACAUACACCGAUUCGCGUGUCCAGGCUGCCUACGACCGCCAGCGCGAGCUGCGCGAUCUCUACUCGGAAGUCGCCAGCGCAGUCAAGCCCGCGCUGGAGGAGCUCGCCGAGCAGACGCUCAAGGCCAUCAUUGAGGACCCUUCGUGUUACAGAGAGGUCGCAGAGUUCCGCGUCGUGCAGAAGGAGCUCGAGGCUCGGUACCAUCAGGCCGUUCGCGCCGCCGAUAGCCAGCUCAGCGCCAAUCUCGCCAUCCUCAAGAGCACUCACGAGCUCAAUACCAUCUUCACCCACGGGUCAUACAUUAACUCGUUUGAGCGCGCUUCUGAAGACUUCUUUGAUGGCGCGCUGAACCGCACCAGCAUCCUCGCAGAGCUUCAUCGUGAGGCAGCACCUUAUAACACGGCCGAGCUCCGUUACAACUAUGUAGAGGAGCCUGAUGAGGUUGCCAAAGACCAAGGUCCCUAUGUCUAUUUCCGCAACGGCAUCGAGAUCCCCAAUCCGAGCCUGCUGGAUGACCACAAGAAGGCAGCCGCGAAAGCUGGGCCAGCCCGCAAGUUCCGUUUCGGACCUAAGCGCAAAGCUGAGGACCAAGCCGAGGGCGCCCCUGACCUCAAGAAGCCCAACAUCAAGGGUGAGAAUGGUGACGAGAGCGCUACACCGCGGGUGCGGCACAUUGGCGGACUUCUCUCCGCAUCGUCGGCCUUUGAUGCAGAGCAAGACUCGAACGCACCCAGUCCCCCGGCACUCUACGAUGGCCAAUCUCCUUCGUCCGAUCAGAAGUCGGAUGAGUCCAAAAAGGACAUGCCUGAUCUGCCGAACGGGGCAUCCGAACCUGACGCUCGAGGCGUGAGAACCGUGACUCGCAGGAGCCACAAGGCUAACAACCGUCUCAUCAUCCCUCCCCUGUUUGAGUUCGACGAUGACAUGAUUGGAUAUCGGGACUCGACCAACGAUUCGACCCGGAAAGCCACCCGAGCCACUCGGGGCCGUUUCCUCAACACUCCCAACUCUGGCACGUGGCACAUUGAUCAGACCAUUGGCGGCGUCAACUGCCUUGAUUACGAAGAUGACGCGCUCGACCAGGAGCUGGUCAGGAAGCACAAUCUUCACUCAAAGUAUGGCAUCUUCCUGCCUGACUCUAGAAAUGACUCGGAGCCCCCAGAGGAACAUGUCGACGGCACGCGGCCCGUGGUGGUCAUCACCCCAGACGGAUCAACGCUGCACGCAUCACGUACCGUUCGUGCUAUGAUUAUGGACCAAGCACUUGAGGCCGACGCGAAGAAGGACAAGAUGUCUCACUUACUUGAAGCAUUCUGCGUUGCCGAGGAAGUGGACCCGGACAGCAUCGUGUCGGACGAGAUGCGUGAGCGUGACCGCCAACUCCAGGAGCGGCUUGCGUCGGUCCCUCUCGACCUAGAGUCAAAUACCGAGGAAGGCGUGACCACGCCGAUGCCUACACAAGAGGAAGAAGACUUUGCCAGGGAGAGCAUUGCGCAGCUCUUGCAAGCUAGCCAUGUCGCCGAAGCCGAAAGGCCUGUACAGCCGCCGGCGCAGCGCUCCUCCCGCCCUUACGAUGCUGUCAGAGACAUCUUUGCUGCGUCUGAGCCAAGCCCCCCGGCGCAGAUUGCCCGCUCGACUGAGUCUGAAGCAUAUCUGCUCCUUGGCUUAUCGGAGCCUGCGGCGCCCGUGUAUGCUGGAGAGUACCCGAAUGAGCUGGCCCGGCCGCCAAUCUCUGAGGCUGCAAUGAUCGACCCUCGUCUACUUGGCAGCAUCAAUCCACUCCUGCCAGCGCCCUCCAACGCUUUUCUGCAGACGGCCCUCAAUCCCACGCCAUCGUAUGCCCCUAUCGCUCCGGCUCCUCCCUCGAACCAGCCGUCGUCAUCUCGGAAUCCCUUUUCAAGCCAGAACAGCGCGAAGGGCAGCCCAGUCUUGCCGCCACUCCGGCCCGUCCGAAGAGACAAGGGCGCCGUGGCUAUGGAGGUUCCUCCUCCGAGGCCGCCCUCGCGACCUCAGGAACAUGGCUCGCCUUUGGGUAUGAUAUAUGGAAACUCGGGUGGUUACUAUCCUCCUGCGCCCUCACGUGCGUACCAUCACAGUUACAAUAUUCACGAGCCGCCUCCGUUGAUGCCGAUGCACAUGCCGCCACAAGGCCAUCACCUCAACGGACCAGUCAUGAUGCAUUCGCAACCCCCAACCCUUGCACCUUACCCGGGUUUGUCUCCGUUAUCUUCACACGCACAGCUUGCACCGAUGCCUAUUCAGAUGAUGACCGGCCCGCCACCUGGCCCACCGCCUCCGCCAAUCAUGAUACCAUCACCACCAGCGGGAGGCCAUCGUCAUCGGACCUCGCUCUCCUCCGCCAAUGGAAUGGCCUCACCUGUAGGAGGGCCUCAACCCGAUCGUUCUGGCAAAUACCGCAAGAUCGCUGCUGCCCCGAUUCCCCACAACCGGUAUUCUCAGACUCCAGGGGGCGCCGAGUUGCGACUGGCGCAUUAUGACCACAAAGAAGCCAUCAAGGACUAUGCCGCCAACGCACCGCCUCCUCGGAGUGGUCCCACCACCAUUCGCGGCUGGAAUGUAAACAACGUCGCCAAAGGUCGAGGGAGCCGCGGCAGCUUGCGGAAGGAGGACUCUGAGAAAGAAGAGUCACCAAAAUGA